GAAUCUGCUAUCGAUUUUACAAAGGGAAACUUCUGCAGUUAGCGCAGUUGCUGGCCUAGGUCUAGGAGAAUUGCCUGUGCGGUCUGCGUAUUUAGCGAGAUGAGCCGUAUAGUGCAACUACCGUCAAUAUUAGCGAAGAAAGUUACAGCGUCACCGCUGAAAAACUUUGCUCUCUCAAGUGUGGCCUCAAGGAAGCUGCAUUUUGGUGGCAGUGUAAAACAGAGUGAAGCCAAAAAAUCAGAACAGAUUUCAGGAUCAUACCCUGUUGUGGACCACACUUAUGAUGCCGUGGUUGUCGGAGCAGGAGGUGCCGGGCUCAGGGCAGCAUUUGGACUGGUUGCAGAAGGAUUUAAGACAGCUGUCAUUACAAAACUGUUUCCCACCCGUUCACAUACUGUAGCUGCCCAAGGUGGUAUCAAUGCUGCCCUGGGGAACAUGGAGGAAGACAACUGGCAGUGGCAUAUGUAUGAUACAGUAAAAGGGUCUGACUGGCUGGGUGACCAGGAUGCCAUUCACUACAUGACAAGAGAAGCACCAAAGGCGGUCAUUGAGCUUGAGAACUAUGGUAUGCCAUUCAGUAGGACAGCUGAAGGCCGAAUUUAUCAGCGAGCAUUUGGAGGCCAGUCUCUCAAAUUUGGAAAAGGAGGACAAGCUCAUCGAUGUUGCUGUGUUGCAGACCGCACAGGGCACUCCUUGUUGCAUACACUUUAUGGCCAGUCUCUUAAAUAUGAUUGCAAUUAUUUUGUUGAGUAUUUUGCUCUGGACCUUUUGAUGGAUGGUGAUGUCUGUGUGGGAGUUAUUGCUCUCUGCUUAGAGGAUGGAUCAAUACAUCGUUUCAGAGCAAAGAACACGAUACUUGCAACUGGAGGAUAUGGACGUGCAUAUUUUUCAUGCACAUCAGCACACACAUGCACGGGGGAUGGUACAGCUAUGGUGUCCCGUGCUGGGUUGCAGAAUCAAGACUUGGAGUUUGUACAGUUCCAUCCCACAGGCAUAUAUGGUGCUGGUUGCCUCAUGACAGAGGGAUGCCGUGGUGAAGGUGGCUAUCUAAUCAACAGUGAAGGAGAGCGAUUCAUGGAACGUUAUGCACCAGUUGCUAAAGACUUAGCAUCACGUGAUGUUGUCAGUCGAUCUAUGACAAUGGAGAUUCGAGAAGGGAGAGGUUGUGGCCCAGAGAAGGACCAUGUACUGCUGCAGCUUCAUCACCUGCCACCUGAGCAACUUGCUACAAGACUGCCUGGCAUUUCAGAGACAGCCAUGAUAUUUGCUGGUGUUGAUGUCACUCGAGAACCUAUACCCGUUUUGCCCACAGUGCAUUACAACAUGGGAGGUGUACCAACAAAUUACAAAGGUCAAGUCAUUGUGAACAGGGGUGAUGGAGACAAGAUUAUACCUGGACUGUACUCCUGUGGAGAAGCUUCCUGCUCUUCAGUUCAUGGUGCCAACCGAUUAGGCGCAAAUUCACUUUUGGAUUUGGUCGUGUUUGGCCGUGCUUGUGCGAAGACCAUUGCUGCAGAGGACAAGCCAGGAGAAAAACUUCCAGAACUGAAACAGGAUGCUGGUGAGGCAUCUGUUGCAAAUCUUGAUCGUUUGCGCCACAUGGAUGGUGGAACUAGGACAGCAACCCUCAGGUUACAGAUGCAGAAGACUAUGCAGACACAUGCUGCUGUCUUCCGUACUGCUGAGACAUUACAAGAAGGCUGCCAGAAGAUGGCAGAGUUGUAUAAGCAGAUGGAUGAUCUUAAGUUGCUUGAUAGAAGCUUGAUAUGGAACACAGACCUGGUGGAGACAUUGGAACUGCAAAACCUCAUGAUCAACGCUGUGCAGACAAUUGUGGGUGCAGAAAACCGUAAGGAAUCAAGGGGAGCCCAUGCUAGGGAAGAUUUUAAGGUACGUGUGGAUGAAUAUGAUUAUUCCAAGCCUCUAGAGGGCCAGACACCGAAGCCAAUGGAACAGCACUGGAGGAAGCAUACACUGACAACAAUUGAUGAAUGCAGUGGAAAGGUUGAGAUCAAGUAUAGGCCAGUGAUUGACAAGACACUGGAUGAACGAGAAUGUGCUACUGUUCCACCUGCAAUUCGUUCAUACUGAAAUGAGCUACUUGAAUCUACACUAUACUGUGUGUUAUGCAGAAUGCCUGCACGCUUAGCCUUUGUAUAGGGUACUAUAGAAGAGUGUACCUACAUACAGUAUUACAUUGGAGUCCGAUUUUGAUUUUACAUCAGAUAUUUUUUUAGGUAUCUUUUAAACAGAUAAUGAAUGACCUUGAUGGUUAUAUCAGUGCAGCUCAGAACCAGCAUUUGAAAGCAGUACUUACUUAAUUGUCCUCUGUAAUGUGAUAGUACAAGCAUUUUCCAAGAAAAUUUAUGGUGCUCACACAAAUAUACCUACAGCUGUUAUUUAUUUAUUUAUUUAUCAAGGAAAUGUAGUCUUAAACUGAGAUUGUCUGUAGAAGUACUUAUAUAUUCAAAUUUUGUAAAAGUAUUUGUUGUUAUACAUUGGUUUCAAACACAAAGAACCUCAUUUGUAACUAUUUUAGAGUUUUGAAAAGGAGUGCUGAAAAGCAUGUAAGACAGUAUUUGUUUGAAUGUUAACAUGCAUUUUGUGAAAGUUUCUGAAUUUAUUGUCUUACUUUGUGUUCCUUUUGGAGAGAAAAAAAUGCUUUUUUAACAAAUUACCUGUGCUUUCCUGAAUGUGUGUUAGCUUCAAAUGUGACUAAGAUUCAUUUUUCAUGUCGUGGUAUCUGCAAUGUACCUGAAUAGUAAUGGCAUAUAUUUUUCAUGUUAGUAUUUAGGCAAGAAAAUUGCACUCAGUGGACAGAUUCUCAGUUUUAAUAAGCUUUUUGCUGUAAUGUGAUGUUCUUAAAAUUUUGUCACUCCUUAAGAACUUCAUGGAUUUUUCAGUACCACAUUACUACUUAAUAUUGUUUUAACAUUUUUUUUUUUCCAUAGCUGUCUGCUGCGUUCUUGCAGUGCUAUAAACAGCAUACUUUCUGUGGCAUUGUUUGAAUAACAGUGAUUUUCUUUGCACAUUGUGACAGUAUUCUUUAUUCAUCCAAAACAUGUAAAAGGAAUGUAUAGUUGAAAUUAAAUGCUACUAUUAAAUCUUUA